AUGGCAAACUACCUCCAACUCACCCCAAACGACAAAUYCUACACCUGUCUGCCCCUCUACCACGGAGCCGCCCAAGGUCUCUGCACCGGUCCUGUCGUGUACGCAGGCGCCUCAAUGUCUCUAGGCCGCAAAUUCUCCCACAAAACCUUCUGGCCCGAAGUCUCCGCCAGCGGCGCAAAUCGUCUGCAGUACGUCGGGGAACUGUGUCGAUAUCUCGUCAAUUCUCCCCCACAUCCGAUGGAGCGACAACAUAAGCUGCAGGAAGCAUGGGGCAAUGGUAUGCGAGCCGAUGUGUGGGAGCGAUUUCGUCAGAGAUUCAACAUUCCUAUGAUUCAUGAGUUGUAUGCUGCUACGGAUGGUCUGGGAGCGACAUUUGUGCGGAAUCACGGGGAUUUCAGUCGGAAUUGUAUUGGAGUGCGCGGCGCGUUGUGGAGAUGGAAAAUGGGGGAUAAGGAGGUGCAUGCGCGAAUCGAUCCGGAUACGGAGGAGAUUGUGAAGGAUGGGAAGAGUGGUUGGGUGGUUCGUGCGGCGAUUAAUGAACCUGGAGAGGUUCUGCACAAGGUCGAUCCUGCGCUCAUGGAGCAGACGUUCRAAGGAUACUAUAAGAACGACUCGGCGACGGAGAAGAGAUGGCUGCGAGAUGUGUUUGAAAACGGCGAUCUGUGGUUUCGCAGUGGGGAUGUACAUCGCCAGGAUGGUGAUGGAAGGGUGUACUUUGUCGAUCGUCUUGGUGACACGUUCCGAUGGAAGAGCGAGAAUGUCUCCACGAACGAAGUGGGAGAUGUACUUGGUACCUUUGACCAGAUUGCCGAAGCAAACGUCUACGGAGUGGCGGUCCCAAAUUCUGACGGCCGAUGUGGAUGUGCGACAAUCGUCUUGAAAGAAGGAAUCCUGCCCGAAUCGUUGGAUGCGGCUGGUCUGGGCAAGUUUGUCCUGGAACGACUCCCCAGAUACGCCGUGCCUUAUUUCCUGCGAGUGGCGCCGCAAUUAUCCUACACGGGCACUUUCAAGGUGCAAAAGGGCCAGGCCAAGCGAGAAGGUGUCGAUUUGGACUUGAUUGAGAAGUCGGGAAGUAAAGAUAAGGUGUACUGGCUACCGCCCGGCUCCACGACUUAUCUUCCAUAUUCGAGGGAUGACUGGGAUUCGCUGAAGAGUGGCAAGGUGAAGCUUUAG